CCUCUCCUUAAGGUUCUUGAACCUUGUCACUGGUUAUGAAGAUCGCCCACGUUUAGUCCUACGACAUGAUGUGUUGAAUAAAUUGAUAUCUCCCUUUUUUGUCUUGCCACACAUACUCAACUUAUCCUGGUGCUCCUGUCGCCAUGGCUUCCGCCCCAGACGGCCUCUCGCACAAGCCGGAGGACAUCGACACCCGCUCACUCACUUCCAUGCAAGAAAUCGACCCUUCUCCGGUGGAGGAUGAGUUUCCAGACCUUGAGCGCGGCGAAUAUUCCCCGGAGCCGCUAAAACUGUCUCAAGAUUCAUUGAGCCAGAAUAUAAGCGCACCGCCGUCUCUCGGUUUAGGUCUCCGCGGGCAUAGCUGGGAUUCAUGGUUAUCUGCAUUUCAGCGAUACUCGACGUAUCCGCCCAGCUUAUUUCUUGCUCUGCACCUUGCCAAUACCUCAAUACUUCCUCUCGCGACCCGCUCCGUAAGCGCAAGCGAAAACUAUCUGUUGCUCACCAGGCCCCUCUAUCAAUCCCCGUCACUUGAACAUGUUGUUCUGACUGUGCCGGUUUUGGUUCAUGUCCUUUCCGGCAUCGCUCUGCGCAAUAUCCGCUCCUCACGGCGGGCCCGACUCUAUGGCGCAGAAACCCGGUCCCAGCGUUAUGCGCUCACGUUCUGGCCACGGAUGAGCCUACAGGCACGCUUAGGGUAUUCGCUCAUUCCAUUACUUGGUGUGCACGUCCUCGUCAAUCGAAUUAGUCCGAUCCUGGUCGAUGGGGGAAGCUCGGGAGUGGGGCUUGGCUAUGUGGCUCACGGCAUUGCGCGGUCUCCGGUUUUCUGGAACAUUUAUUAUCUGGUUUUUGUCGCUGCUGGAGUAUGGCAUUUUGUUGGUGGGUGGGCUUCGUGGAUGGGCUGGAAGGUUACGACCCUCCGGAGGCAGCAAAAUUCCAAAAAGGGGUCUCUCGAAGGGUACCUUGGCUAUACUGGAAGUGAGCAACGAUGCCGCAGACAAAAGAGAAUGUGGUGGACUGUAAAUACGAUUGCUGCAUACGCUGGCACGGAAUUUAGAGCCGUAAAAGAAGGAAAGGCGUACAUUUUGAACCCUCCCUCUCAAGACGCUGCCUCCAAGGCCACGAGGAAGGAUCUCAAGGCUGACGAUGAAUCUCAAUCCGUUUUCUACAACCCGAUUCAGCAGUUCAAUCGAGACCUUAGCGUUCUCGCAAUCCGGGCCUUUGGAGAGCAUGUCGUGGCCGUGAAGAAACAGAAGGCGGAAAAACGAAGACAGAGGCUAGCAGAAAGUGGUGAGACAAAGAGUAAGAAGCGCAAGCGAGAGGACGAAGCCACCCAGCCAGAGGACCAAAGUGCACAGACAAUUGAGCCCAUCUCUGCAGCAAUUCCCGAUUUGCCUUCAGAAGAGAUUAUGGCGCCGUCAUUCACAAUCCUAGAUGCUCUUUCUGCUACAGGCUUGCGUGCGCUACGUUAUGCCUUGGAGAUCCCAUUUGCUUCUUACGUCGUUGCAAACGACCUUUCAGAGUCUGCUAUUCGAUCAAUGAAGACGAAUGUCGAAUACAACAAACUCGAGAAGCGUAUCCGCCCUAAUUUAGGAGAUGCACGCGUCUUCAUGUACAGCCUUUUGGAGCAAGAUAAAUGUCAGGACGCGGUAACCCAUUCCGGCAAAUUCGAUGUUAUUGAUUUGGAUCCAUACGGCACUGCUUCACCUUUCCUGGAUGCUGCGGUCCAGGCAGUAAAAGAUGGAGGCCUUCUUUGUGUGACUUGUACUGAUGCAGGAGUGUGGGCUUCGCAUGGGUAUCCUGAGAAGGCUUUCGCCUUGUAUGGUGGCGUUCCGGUCAAAGGACCACAUUGCCACGAAGGGGGACUGCGCUUGAUCCUGCAUUCAAUUGCAAUGUCUGCCGCCAAGUAUGGACUUGCAAUCGAGCCCCUAUUAUCUCUCUCAAUCGAUUUCUAUGCACGAGUUUUUGUCCGGGUUCAUCGCUCCCCUGCCCAGGUCAAGUUUGUUUCUGGCAAUAUGAUGACGGUGUUCAAUUGCGACGAGGGCUGCGGGGCAUGGUCAACCCAGCCUUUGACGCAGACCAAGCAGAAGCUUGACAAAAAAGGAAAGCCUUUUCCUCAUUUUGGUUUUGCUCAGGGUCCAACUUCAGACUCCCGUUGUGAACAUUGCGGUUCGAAGAUGCAUGUAGGGGGCCCAAUGUGGGCCGGUCCACUUCACAACCCACAUUUCAUUCAGAAUAUCCUUGAUAUGCUUCCCAAGCUAGACCGAGAUGUUUAUCAAACUGUCGACAGAAUUGAAGGAAUGCUAACAACGGCAUUCGAAGAAGAUUUGAACCUCGACAUUGGCGACGCCAACAACUCACAGAAGUCUACCGAUGCACCGUCGGUAGGGGCCGGAACUGCUGCCAUUAUUCCACGGGUUGACCCCGCCUUAAGUGACAAAAGUCCAUUCUAUUUUAGCUUGAGUGCGAUAUCGAAAGUUCUUCGUACUGCUACCAUUUCCAUCGAUGCGAUGCGCGGGGCACUUCGACAUUUGGGCUAUCGAGCGACUCGCACCCAUGCGAAACCAAACACAAUUCGGACUGAUGCCCCUUGGGAUGUGAUUUGGGAGAUUAUGCGGGAAUGGGUCAGACAGAAGUCCCCUGUCAAGGAGGGCGCUCUCAGACCCGGAAGUCCUGGCGCUGUGAUCAUGUCGAAAUGCCGAAAAAUUCCCGCAGACGGUGACAAGGAUCAGCAACUGCUAAAUUCAUUGAAGAAGGAGCUUCAGAUGGUAAUGGACCAAGAGCACAAUAUUACGGAUGUAGUUAGCAGGCUUGAAGCUGCUUUGACACGGACCGGUGCCCAUCGAGCGUCAGAGACUAAAUCGGUACGCGAUACACAGAGCAAUGGCGAUCGCGAUUCCACAGCGUCUACUUCUGGUCAAAGCCCACUGGCCCGGGUCAAAGCCACAGCUAGACUUCAUCCUAGCACUUUGGAAGUGGUUUUUGAUGAGGCUUUAGGCAAGGAGCUCUCAACGAGAAAGCGUCUUGUUCGAUAUCAGCUUAACCCUCGGGAAAACUGGGGUCCCUUGAGCAGAGCAUCUGGUAGAGGGUAGGUAACGCCGUUGAUUCUGGUCCCGUCUUCUCGCAUGGUCAUUAAAUUAGGCAAUACGUCGUUAUAUGGAGUGAACUCCUUCACCUCGAACAUCAUCUGCAGCAUGGAUUAGGUUUAUCUUUCAAAGGGGACGCUACGCAUAGACCUAAUUGACUGU